UCAUAACCUCAAAGCAGUUGCAAAGGCAUUUAAUAAUUAAAAUAUCACAUUUUAAAUUAAAAUAUCACAUUUUAAAUUAAAAUAUCACAUUUUAAAUUAAAAUAUAAGGCUGGGCGUGGUGGCUUAUGCCUGUAAUCCCAGCACUUUGGGAGGCUGAGGUGGGAGGAUCACUUGAGCCCAGGAGUUCCAGACUAGCCUGGGCACCAUUGGGAGACCCUGUCUCUACACACACACGCACACACACACACAAACUUAAAGUAGCCAGGCGCGGUGCUGCGCGCCUGUGGUCCCAGCUACUCGGGAGGCUGAGGCGGGAGAAUCACUGGAGCCUGGGAGUUCGAGGCUGCAGUGAGCCGAGAUCGCACCACUGCACUCCAGCCUGGGCCACAGAGCAAGACGCUGCCUCAAACAAACAAACAAAAACAAAACUUAAAAUAUUAAGUAAUAAUUAACGAGUGUUAAUAUCCACUCGUUGUGGAGACAAGACCUGGACUUAGGAAACAGGCCCAGGGAAGUAGCAGAACAGUAGCGCUAGAGGACGCCUGGGAGAAUCAGCGCGCGGCGGGAAGAGCCCGGGAAGCUUAGUGGGUUCUCUUGAUGGGGUGAGGAAUUCUAUAAAUUAGUGGAGAUGGAAAAAAAAAAAAAAGUAUUCCCAAAGUGGGAGACAGCACUCAGAAAGACGUGGUGGUAAGAACGAGUAUGAGUAACGGGGACAACGAGGACACUGGAGAUUGGGGAGUGUUGGGCUGGAAGCUGGUGUGCAGCUGUGGGCAAGCUAGGGAGGACCCCGAAACCGCCAAUGCGUUUCCCGGACGCAGACGCUGGCAGGACGGGAGGAACCCCGAGACCCCGCGCCAUCCCUUCAGGAAGAGUUACUUCUCCCCGGCCAAGUUAGUGGGCCUUGGGCCUUCUUUCUGUUGGGAUCCUCCUCGCGUGUCGCCAUCGCUACAAGUGGGCAGCUCUGCGGGGAAAGCUGGGACGCUGGGGGCUUCACCAAGGAGGCCGGCGGCCGACCACUGGGAGGUCUGGCGGGGUGACGACCACUGGGAGGUUUGGGCAGGGCCUGACGGGCUGACGCGGUCAGCCCACUGGAGGCCGACACCUCCCGUCAGCCCAACCCCUGCACGCGCGGCCGCCAACCGAAGACCCGCGGCGCCGGCCUGCGAGCCCCCGCCCCGCGUUGCCCAGGAAACCGAGGGUGUGGCUCCGCGUUCUCUGGGCGUCCCAGGGACUGGGCGCACAGUGGUCGGCGGGAUGAGGCGCCUGGUGACGGACGGGGCGAGGAGGGCAGCGAUUGUGAACCUCCUUGGCCUGGGCGAAGCUGUGUGGACCAAGCAAGUCAGGAGUGUGGCCAUGUUUUCUGAGCAGGCUGCCCAGAGGGCCCACACUCUACUGUCCCCACCAUCAGCCAACAAUGCCACCUUUGCCCGGGUGCCAGUGGCAACCUACACCAACUCCUCACAACCCUUCCGGCUAGGAGAGCGCAGCUUUAGCCGGCAGUAUGCCCACAUUUAUGCCACCCGCCUCAUCCAAAUGAGACCCUUCCUGGAGAACCGGGCCCAGCAGCACUGGGGUAAUGGAGUGGGAGUGAAGAAGCUGUGUGAACUGCAGCCUGAGGAGAAGUGCUGUGUGGUGGGCACUCUGUUCAAGGCCAUGCCGCUGCAGCCCUCCAUCCUGCGGGAGAUCAGCGAGGAGCACAACCUGCUCCCCCAGCCUCCUCGGAGUAAAUACAUACACCCAGAUGACGAGCUGGUCUUGGAAGAUGAACUGCAGCGUAUCAAACUAAAAGGCACCAUUGACGUGUCAAAGCUGGUUACGGGGACUGUCCUGGCUGUGUUUGGCUCCGUGAGAGACGACGGGAAGUUUCUGGUGGAGGACUAUUGCUUUGCUGACCUUGCUCCCCAGAAGCCCGCACCCCCACUUGACACAGAUAGGUUUGUGCUGCUGGUGUCCGGCCUGGGCCUGGGUGGAGGUGGAGGCGAGAGCCUGCUGGGCACCCAGCUGCUGGUGGAUGUGGUGACGGGGCAGCUUGGGGACGAAGGGGAGCAGUGCAGCGCCGCCCACGUCUCCCGGGUUAUCCUCGCUGGCAACCUCCUCAGCCACAGCACCCAGAGCAGGGAUUCUAUCAAUAAGGCCAAAUACCUCACCAAGAAAACCCAGGCAGCCAGCGUGGAGGCUGUUAAGAUGCUGGAUGAGAUCCUCCUCCAGCUGAGCGCCUCAGUGCCCGUGGACGUGAUGCCAGGCGAGUUUGAUCCCACCAACUACACGCUUCCCCAGCAGCCCCUCCACCCCUGCAUGUUCCCGCUGGCCACUGCCUACUCCACGCUCCAGCUGGUCACCAACCCCUACCAGGCCACCAUUGAUGGAGUCAGAUUUUUGGGGACAUCAGGACAGAACGUGAGUGACAUUUUCCGAUACAGCAGCAUGGAGGAUCACUUGGAGAUCCUGGAGUGGACCCUGCGGGUCCGUCACAUCAGCCCCACAGCCCCUGACACUCUAGGUUGUUACCCCUUCUACAAAACUGACCCGUUCAUCUUCCCAGAGUGCCCGCAUGUCUACUUUUGUGGCAACACCCCCAGCUUUGGCUCCAAAAUCAUCCGAGGUCCUGAGGACCAGACAGUGCUGUUGGUGACUGUCCCUGACUUCAGUGCCACACAGACCGCCUGCCUUGUGAACCUGCGCAGCCUGGCCUGCCAGCCCAUCAGCUUCUCGGGCUUCGGGGCAGAGGACGAUGACCUGGGAGGCCUGGGGCUGGGCCCCUGACUCAAAAAAGUGGUUUUGACCAGAGAGGCCCAGAUGGAGGCUGUUCAUUCCCUGCAGUGUUGGCAUUGUAAAUAAAGCCUGAGCACUUGCUGAUGUGA